AUGAGGUUCUCAACGUCAGUUCUCGUCCUUGCCUCGGCCCUCCUAGUCGGCAUCAAUGGUGCUCCGGCAGGGUCCGACGUGUCGCCUAGAGAACCCAGUGGACUUGAUCCAAGGGCAGACACACCAAGCAUUGAUCCUCCAGUAGCUGUAGCCGCUGUUGAACAGCCAGACGCCGCACUAGUCGCCCCAGAGGUUAAGCCCAGACAGCUCGCCAAGCUUGUUGGCAAGCUUCUAGGGGGUGCCGCCGGUGGCAAGAAAAAUAAGGCGAAAGCCAACGCGGCCAACGCGGCUAACCGUCCGGCAAAGGCGGCCAAUCCCGCCAACAAUCAGGCAAAGGCCGCCAACCCCGCCAACCGCCCGGCCAACGCGGCCAACGCUGCCGGCGGUGCUGGUGCUACUACUCCGAAGACGCCCGCCGCUGCCCCCAACGUCGCCGCCCGCAAUGCUGGCGCUCCCAAUUCGCAACAGCAACCGAAGAAGGGCAACUCUGCUGCCGGAGCCGCUGCUGCGGCUGCCGGUGAUGCUGCCGGUGAUGCCGCCAAAGGUAACCUUGACCCUGCAAAGCCCGCCCUCGUCCCAGCCAGAAUCGACCCGCCCAAGGCCAAAGACCCUAAUACCCCAGCUCCUGCACCAGCAGGAGCUCUCGUGGCUGGUGCUGCUGUGGGAGUCCAAGGCGGCAAGCCGGCCGCGGCACCCCAAGGUCCCGCUACGGAGCCGCAAGCACCGAAUCCCGCUGGAGCCGGUGGUGCCUUGCCCCUUGCUGUUCCCGCGAAGAUCGUUAGUUGA